UGCGUUUGCUUGUGUCGUUUGAUCAAGAUUUCAAAAUGGCAGAAGGAGGCAUGGUGUAUACGUGGUCAGAGACUGGAAGCGAUCAUAGACACAGCGGCAUGUACAGCCGUCACUCUCGAAAUUAUGUGGAAAGUGUGUCCAUAGAGAUCUGUACUAUAAUGACCCGGCUUGGGUACGGCGAGAUGAUGAGACGGUGGCGCGUUAAGAAGUACAGGGAGUAUAACAGGCUGGUGAAUGCACCAUAUUUGAAAAAACAAGGAAACGCAGCUACAUACAUGUAUAUCACAGCUGGGAGCAAGGCAGAGGGACUGACCUGCUAUUUGGAAAGCGACUGGGACCAAUUAUGGGUGCUGACGAAUGUCCUCUGUGUGGAAGCUGAUAUCAAUCUGCUCACUAUUUCAGACGACAUAGAUGUGUUUAGGAUGGAUACGAUGGAUACACGUGUAUAUCCAGGGCACUGCAGACUGUUACAAGAGAGACCAGCUGCUCAUGCACGUCAUGAUAUAAUUACCGAGGCUCUGUGUGAUAAUGGAUAUGGGGGCGUCCUAUUAAGUAGUAGCUUAUUGCUAGAUGCAUAUUCGGAAAGUACAUUAACACAUGAUGCAAAUGUGGAGCAUCAUGAACGAGCCGGGCCGUCGAUUCCUGAAACAUUAACAGGUGUACUUCAUGUUGACAAGGUAUUCGCACUACAGUGUUACUGCCCCAGCAUCCUACAGAGAUGGGCUGACAGACGACGUAAUUGGCCAUCACCAACUAUAGUUCAGAAAGUAGUAUCAUUAGGAGCCUUGGUUACUCCGGUAGGGUUUAAGGGAAGCGAUUACAAGCACGUGGAGUGGAGGAUUUGUUUCAACACCGGCGAGGCAGAACUUGUAAACAACCUUAACGACACACAAGCAAAAGUAUAUGUCAUUCUUAAAAUGAUCCUCAGAGAUAUAAUAAAACCAAAUAAUAAAGAAAUAACAUCGUACGUGUUGAAAAACAUCAUAUUAUGGCAAGCUGAAAAUACUCCACAGACAGAGUUUCAUUCACGCAGCUUACUUUACUGGUUGCAUGACGGACUGAAAAAACUUAGGACUGCUAUUGAGAAAAAACGACUUUGCUAUUACAUGAUUCCGGAAAGAAAUCUUAUGGAAGCCUGUGGUAUGCAUGAUUACCAGCAACAUAAAUGGGUAGCAGAUAUCACGGACAUGCUAGAGGAAGGGCCCAAUGUAAUCUUGAGACUGGAGAAGAUAAGAAAGGCGAUUGUCGCGUCCCCAGAGCCGAUGAUGUGGUUCAGCAAGACAAGGAUGGAGCUAGAGAUGCUGCAGCUGGAGGGCGAAAUCCGCUCCAUUGUAAUUGAAGAGAAUAAUGGGGAGGUGGAUGACUCGGAAUCCAUAUUUGAGAAACGCCAGUACUAUCUAUUGAUACAGGUUGCGCAACGAAUGUUCUUAAAAGUCAGUUCUGCAAAUCAACUGAUUGAUAUUCAAGACAGAAUGCUUAUGUGA